UAUGUUGCAUCCAUUCCAUUCCAUUCAACUCCACACACACAUAUAUGUAUUAUCCAUCAUAAAUUUCUUUUUUCUUUUUUUUUUUUUUUUUUUUUUUUUGAUUUUUCAUAUCAAGAAAAAGCUAAGAUAUGGGAAAAGAUGAAAAUUUUAGCAGUAUUAUUGUUCCUCCUCCAUGCAAGAAGCUGAAGCUAUUUGGAUUUGAUCUCACCAAUAACCCAUCAUCAUCAUCAUCAUCAUCAUCUCAUCAUCAUCAUCAAGAAGCCUAUCAUCAUGAGAGUGUGAACUCAUCCUCAUCUUCAUCCACUCUUUCAUCAGAAAAGCCUGCAGUUUCCAGCAAGCAAAAAUUAGCAGAAAACAAUGAUGAUCCCAAGAAGUUUGAGUGCCAAUUCUGCUUAAAGGAGUUUGCGAAUUCUCAGGCGUUGGGAGGCCAUCAAAAUGCCCACAAGAAAGAGAGGAUGAAGAGGAAGAGGCUGCAGAUUCAAGCAAGAAAAGCUUCCAGUCUCACAUACUAUCUUCAACCUCAUCACAACAAUAUUAAUAAUAAUAAUAAUAAUUGCAGUGUUGGUCCUUUUACUUACAAUAUUAUCAAUUACCACCCCUCUUCUUCUUCUUCUUCUACCUGGUGUUUUGAUCCUUCUCAGAGCUAUUUCACAGUUUACGAUGAAGGGACUCAGAUCAACUUCAGGGCUCAAGAUCAUCAUCAGCAACAACAACAAUUGAUUCCUCAGACAAGGAACACAGAGAAAACGGUAAAGACAAAGGAGCAUAGUACGAUGAUGAAGCAAUCUUUAGAUCUUGACUUAGGUUUGAAUUUACGUUAGUUAGUAGCUAGUAAUCUCUGUAUUUUAAUUAGUUCAAUUAUUUGUGCUUUAAUUAUUAACAUGAAGAAAAUAAAAAACAAAAAACAUUGCCCGCGCGGCUAGCUCAAGUAGUAUAGUAGCUAGACCAGCUCUUGGCAUGGACUCCCUAGAUUAGAAAUUAGGCUCCCUAAAUUGACGGAUGUGUGGAGAUUGAUUUCUUGUGUGCAAAGUCAAUAAUAGGGGUUGACUGAAAAGUCAUUUGGAUGACUCCUGAUUCACCUACUCUAGGGACUCUUGGGAAACUUAAUGUAUAAAAAAAACAUUUAUAAAUAUAGGGAAAUGCUUCCUAUCCUAUAAAAAUUAUACAAUUUUUGUUAUU